CUCCCUUUGGCCCAGCCAGCUGGAUCAGGCAGAUCACGUGAUUUCCGGGCUGACGGAGGCCGAGCAGGGGGGGCAGCGCCUUGGGGCGGGGAGCCUGGCCCCGCCCCCGCGCUGCACUUCCGGCGGCAGCGAGGACUCCGGCCAGGUGCGGCUCGCUCUUCCGCUCUCCGCGCUGGACUCGGCCGGAACCCGCCAGGGAAGCAGGAAGCGCCUGGUGGCUGGCGCGAGGUGGUCGGGAUGGCGGGGUCCAGCUGGGGCCCCCCGCGGCUGGAUGGCUUCAUCCUCACCGAGCGCCUGGGCAGUGGCACGUACGCCACGGUGUACAAGGCCUACGCCAAGAAGGACACUCGAGAGGUGGUAGCCAUAAAAUGUGUGGCCAAGAAGAGCCUGAACAAGGCGUCGGUGGAAAACCUCCUGACAGAGAUUGAAAUCCUCAAGGGCAUCCGACACCCCCACAUCGUCCAGCUGAAAGACUUCGAGUGGGACAGUGACAACAUCUACCUCAUCAUGGAGUUCUGCGCAGGAGGUGACCUGUCUCGCUUCAUCCAUACCCGCCGGAUUCUACCUGAGAAGGUGGCUCGUGUCUUCAUGCAGCAGUUGGCUAGUGCCCUGCAGUUUCUGCACGAACGAAACAUAUCUCACCUGGAUCUGAAGCCACAGAACAUUCUGCUGAGUUCCUUGGAGAAGCCCCACCUUAAACUGGCAGACUUCGGCUUCUCACAGCACAUGUCCCCGUGGGAUGAGAAGCACGUGCUCCGUGGCUCCCCUCUCUACAUGGCCCCUGAGAUGGUGUGUCAGCGGCAGUACGAUGCCCGUGUGGACCUCUGGUCCGUGGGGGUCAUUCUGUAUGAAGCCCUCUUCGGGCAGCCCCCCUUUGCCUCCAGGUCGUUCACAGAGCUGGAAGAGAAGAUCCGGAGUAAUCGGGUAAUCGAGCUUCCCCUUCGGCCCCAGCUCUCCCCAGACUGCCAGGACCUGCUGCGGCAGCUCCUACAGCGGGACCCUGGUCGUCGCAUCUCCUUCCAGGAUUUCUUUGCCCACCCCUGGGUGGACCUGGACCACAUGCCCAGUGAGGAGAGCCUGGCACGAGCAACCAUCCUGGUGGUGCAGGCUGUGCAGAAGGACCGGGAGGGGGAUGCUGCAGCUGCCUUAUCGCUCUACUGCAAGGCCCUGGACUUCUUUGUGCCUGCCCUGCACUACGAAGUGGAUACACAGCGGAAGGAGGCAAUUAAGGCAAAGGUGCGACAGUACGUGUCCCGGGCUGAGGAGCUCAAGGCCAUCGUGUCCUCCUCCAAUCAGGCUCUGCUGAGGCAGGGGGCCUCUGCCGGAGUCCUGCUCAGAGAGAUGGCUCGGGACAAGCCACGCCUCCUGGCUGCUCUGGAAGUGGCUUCAGCUGCUGUGGCCAAGGAGGAGGAAGCUGGCGGGGAGCAGGACGCCCUGGACCUGUACCAGCACAGCCUGGGGGAGCUGCUGCUGCUGCUGGCAGGUGAGGCCCUCCCCACACACUCCCUGACUCCCUGCUGCCCUGCCUUAGCACUCGCCCUCCCUCUUUCUGCAGGGGAGCCCCCAGGCCGGAGGCGGGAGCUGCUUCACACUGAGGUUCAGAAUCUCAUGGCUCGAGCUGAAUACCUGAAAGAGCAAAUCAAGAUGAGGGAGUCUCACUGGGAAGCUGAGACCCUGGACAAGGAGGGGCUGUCGGAGUCCGUUCGGAGCUCUUGCACCCUGCAGUGACCGCAGAAAGAUGACUGGACAGACCAUGGGCCACCUGAAGUUGGGGGACACACCAGGCUGGUGCCCA